CUGGCUCAGAGCGUGGAGAUCAGGGCACGCUUCUGAACCAGCACUUCCCUUUCUCAGUCUUCCCAUCUGCCAGGAGCUGGCUUCCCCCACAUCGGGUCUGAGCAGGACUCCUGGUGCCCAGUCUGCCAGGAGACCCUCUUCGCUUGCUCUCAGGGGGAGACGGAGUCAGGAAACCUCUAAGUCUUAAGACUGCUGCGAGGCUGCACACCCACACUUGACGUCAGAGCCUGAGUCGUUCAGAUUCCUGCUCUAGCAGGCCUAACCCCUCUGGGUGGACGAGCACUGCUAAGAGGAAGAGAGGGAACAUCACAGUUGAUGUCCUGGCGCCCACAGUACCGCAGCUCCAAGUUCCGGAACGUCUACGGGAAGGUGGCCAACCGGGAGCACUGCUUCGACGGGAUCCCCAUCACCAAGAAUGUGCAUGAUAACCAUUUCUGCGCCGUCAACGCCCGCUUCCUGGCCAUCGUCACCGAGAGCGCCGGUGGUGGCUCCUUCUUGGUCAUCCCGCUGGAGCAGACGGGCAGGAUUGAGCCCAACUACCCCAAGGUCUGUGGUCACCAGGGCAAUGUGCUGGACAUCAAGUGGAACCCCUUCAUCGACAACAUCAUCGCCUCGUGCUCGGAGGAUACGUCGGUGCGGAUCUGGGAGGUCCCCGAGGGCGGGCUGAAGCGGAACAUGACAGAGGCACUGCUGGAGCUGCACGGACACAGCCGGCGCGUGGGGCUGGUGGAGUGGCACCCCACCGCCAACAACGUCCUGUUCAGCGCCGGCUAUGACUACAAGGUCCUCAUCUGGAACCUGGAUGUGGGCGAGCCUGUGAAGAUGAUCGACUGCCACUCGGAUGUGAUCCUCUGCAUGUCCUUCAACACCGAUGGCAGCCUGCUCACCACCACGUGCAAGGACAAGAAACUGCGCGUAAUCGAGCCCCGCUCGGGCCGCGUGCUGCAGGAGGCGAACUGCAAAAACCACAGAGUGAACCGAGUGGUCUUCCUGGGGAACAUGAAGCGGCUGCUCACAACGGGGGUCUCCCGGUGGAACACGAGGCAGAUCGCUCUCUGGGACCAGGAGGACCUCUCCAUGCCGCUGAUCGAGGAGGAGAUCGAUGGGCUCUCCGGCCUCCUGUUCCCCUUCUACGACGCGGACACCCACAUGCUCUACCUGGCCGGAAAGGGCGAUGGAAACAUCCGGUACUACGAGAUCAGCACGGAGAAGCCCUACCUGAGUUACCUCAUGGAGUUCCGCUCCCCAGCCCCGCAGAAAGGCCUGGGGGUGAUGCCCAAGCACGGGCUGGACGUGACCGCCUGCGAGGUGUUCCGCUUCUACAAGCUGGUGACUCUCAAGGGCCUGAUCGAGCCCAUCUCCAUGAUCGUGCCACGGAGGUCGGAUUCCUACCAGGAAGACAUUUACCCCAUGACGCCGGGCACCGAGCCAGCUCUGACCCCCGACGAGUGGCUGGGAGGCAUCAACCGAGACCCCGUGCUGAUGUCCUUGAAAGAAGGCUAUAAGAAGUCCUCCAAAAUGGUGUUCAAGGCUCCCAUCAAAGAAAAGAAGAGUGUUGUGGUCAACGGAAUAGAUUUGCUAGAGAAUGUCCCACCCAGGACAGAGAACGAGCUCCUCCGAAUGUUCUUCCGGCAGCAGGAUGAGAUUCGGAGGUUGAAGGAGGAGCUGGCCCAGAAGGACAUCCACAUUCGGCAGCUCCAGCUGGAGCUGAAGAACUUGCGCAACAGCCCCAAGAACUGCUAGCCCCACGGGGUGGCCUCCCAGGCCGGCCUCCCGUCCCUGGUCCUCCCUCAUCCCUGAGCCCAGCGACGAGCUGGGGCUGGAGUGGGGGGAGAGCUCAGGGCCCACCUGCCGCUUGAGAACUGGAAGCUGACCUCUGACCUCUCGACCUCGUGCACUCAAGUCCCCAGCCUCUCCUGGAGACCCGUGCUGGCAGCCCCUUCCCCUGCCACACCAGGAGCCCUGGCGUCCCCCCGGCCGGGCGGAGACCACGGACGCCCCGAGGGGUGCCCUCAGUGGACCAAGGAGUAGAGGGGAAGCCAAGACUCCAGUGGACCUGGAAGCUGCACUUCUCCCCUGCCAAGGGACUGCCGGGACAUCUCAGCAGUCCCUGCUGGGCUCACAGCGUCCCAGUGACACGCAGCAAGGGCUGGAUCGCAGGCACCUGCGGUCCUCCCCGCCCCCGACCCCGCGCCCUCUCUUCCCGGCAGCCCUGGACGCCUGACUCACCUGACGAGGUUGCGAGCGGCCCAGCUCCACUCUGUCUCUUGCCCCUCUCUCUUGUCUUCAGGGAAUUAAGAGGAUCGUUCACCAAGGCCAUAAUGACCCCUUGCCUUCCCCUGAUGCUGUUCAAAGCUCUGGCCACACCCUUUCCCCAUUUACUUUCUGAGGUAGGCAGGGUAGGGAAUACUGUCCCCAUUUUACAAAUGACAGAACUGAGGAAUGCAAUGGGGAAGAGACUGAGUCACCCAGCAGGUCACAGUGGGCUCAGGACCAGGGCCGCUGGUGUCCAGGACCUGGGGCCCCGGCCCUUCCUAUUGUAUCAAGAUGCCAGUCCUCCAGGGGCUUCUCCAGGGCCCGGGUCUCUGGAGGAGGAGGACCACCUGCCAAUGCCAGUAGUGCCAACGUGUCACACUGCCCUCGGUGCCCCUGCACCCCCCCCGGCCCCCCCGAGGACUCCCUCUGAGAUGAGGCCUCUUCCUCCUGGAAGGCGAGGCUGAGCAGGGUGGAGCAGCCCUGGGGACAGCGGCACAGGGGCCUCUCACCCUGCUCUCAGCCACGCAGCCUUACGCUUGUAGGACGACCACAGCCCCACAUCAGCACAGCACUUUAAAGUUUGCACAGUUCUGCGACACAUAGGAUCCCAUUUGAGCCUCACCUUUGUUCCUGGAGGUGGGGCGCAUUCUCCCCACUUUGCAGAUGAGGAAACUGAGGCCCGAGGUCACAGGAUCCUGGGAGAUGCCACAUUUCACUUGGUCUUCUGCAAUUUUCUUUUUUUUUUCCCAUCCUUUCACCCUUCACUUCUCACUACCCACAGAGUCCAUGAACACUGUUCUCAGAAAACUCACAGUUUGGGGGUGAGGUCUGGCCUGCGGACCAAGAAAUGGGUGUUCACCCUUCUCUCUCAUUAGCCUGGAUCUUCCAGACGCAUUAUGCUCCACACCCGCUUGUCCAGUGGCCGCCCUGCAGGACAUCCAUCCACAAGGCUGGGUUCCCGGAGCCCCUGAGGCGGCCUGGGCGGGGAACGCCCCCCAGCCCCUUGGGGUUCUCCGCCAAGAGCCCUCCACCGCCUCACCCCAGACCCGCAGCUAGGCUCCGUCAGCUCUCACCUCCUCCCCCCACGCGUCCGAAGCUUUUUUCUUCCCCACUGACCUUUGUGGUCCUCUGUGACUAUUUAUGCUGCCUCCUGAGGACAGAAUUGAAAUAAAGUGUUUUCAACUUACCAGA